GAUAUCUUGAACAAGUUAGCAAAAGUGUUAGUACAAUUUGUAGUGCUAUGCAACCUGCACGUAAUCCAGUAGACAAUAGUAAUAUUAAAAUUCAUAUAGAAUAUUUUAGACAAGAUAUUAAAGAAUGUUAUAACCUACUAGCCACCAAAAUGCGCAAUACAGAUGAUUAUAAAAAUACACCAGCAGUUCAUGAUCGAUGUCAUGGAAUUACACUUUAUAUGCCACUUUUUAUAUCUAUUCGAGAUUUAAAGGAUACUAUAGUUUCAAGAUUAAAUCAAAAAAAGAAUGAAAAUUUAAUCGAAGAAUUUUUAAUUCCUUCAGAACAAUGGAUUGCUUUGCAAUUUUAUCCCAAAAAUCCAUAG